AUGGGACAGACCGCGUCCCUUGAGGCAACGGUCGCUCAUGCUGAAACCUUUCUUGCUCAGGUCCAAGAGUUGAAAAAGGAACGAGAUGCUGCGCAGGCGCGGUGCCAAGGUGCUGAAGACGAACUUGCUGCUGAGCAACAAAAGUUGGUGGUGCUGAACAGCAUCAGCGUAGCCCGGAAGAGGAAAGCUCGUGAGGAGAAAAGUGACUUUGAGGCAAAGAUUGCUCGGCUGGAGGAGGAACUACUUGCUAAGAACAUCAGGAUACAGGAGUUGACCAAGACAACAAGCCCCAACGUGAAUGUUGGGCCACGUGUUGACAAACAUGUGACAUUUCAGGUGGAUUCAGGACCUGAGGACUCUGAUGAUGACAGGCCCUUAUGCAUCAGACGGGCUCGUCAGGAGGUUGAGGCGCUCUCGCCCCUGGAACGACUGGUGGCAGCAAAGUGCUACCUGAUGAAGGUCCUACGGCUGAGGUGUACAAGCUGUGAAGAGCAGAUUGAUUUUGCCAUGGAAGGGUCCAACGUAGUGCUCCCGUGUAUGUGCCGUUCCACCAAGGCUCAACCGGUCUACCUUGGCGUGUUCUUCAGAGGGGAUAGGUACAAGCUUGUUCUUACCAGUGUAGCGAAGCAGCGGAGUAUCUCUGACUUUGUUAGCAAGGCCCUUGCCAAGAUUGUUCAGAAUCACUCAGCAGAGCUUUGA